UGCGCAAAAAGCCAGGAAGUGGAAAAGAGCCGAGCUUAAAGCUAGGAAUGAUAAGCAUUAGACCGUUUUCAAAUAAUAAUAAUAAUUGCUGCUACUAAUAAUUCCUGAUUUUAUUAAUAACUAUGGAGUUGUCUGAAAUACUUUACAACAAAGCGGAGUACAUAGAGACGGCUUCAGGGAACAAAGUGAGCAGGCAGUCUGUACUUUGCGGGAGUCAAAACAUCGUGCUGAACGGCAAAACUAUUGUGAUGAACGACUGCAUCAUCAGGGGCGAUCUGGCCAAUGUAAGAGUGGGCAGACACUGUGUUGUCAAAAGCAGGAGUGUUAUUCGACCACCUUUUAAAAAGUUCAGCAAAGGUGUGGCGUUUUUUCCACUCCAGAUCGGAGACCAUGUCUUCAUCGAGGAGGACUGUGUGGUCAACGCAGCACAGAUCGGCUCAUAUGUCCACAUAGGCAAGAACUGCGUAAUAGGCCGUCGAUGUGUACUUAAAGACUGCUGUAAGAUCUUGGACAAUACAGUGCUUCCUCCUGAGACAGUCGUUCCACCAUUCACAGUCUUCUCUGGAUGUCCAGGUCUGUUUUCUGGAGAGCUCCCAGAGUGCACACAGGAUCUGAUGAUUGAUGUAACCAAGAGCUACUACCAGAAAUUCCUUCCCCUCAGCCAGAUCUGAGUAACACUACUACAAAACAGCUCUGCGAUCCAGUUGGCGAAAGCUCUGCUCAAAUUGCAAUGGACUUUAAAGAGCUCAGAACAUCAUAUUAGGACCUCUUUUAACUGGUCUUUAGAAUAUUUCUGUUGGUAAUUUAUCAACAUCAACAAACUGCAUCCAAAUGUAUUUCAUAUAUUUUGCUGUUUUCCACAUUAGUGUUUGUAAAUGAAGGAGGGCAUAAUGCCUCAAGAUUCCCCCCCAUGAACCAAAUCUGUAGCAACAGAUAAUCAGCAAUGUUAGCUGUAAUAACUUGACUCCUAUGUAGCUCUGCUUUAAAAGUAAAACAGUAAAUUUUGUCUUUUCCCACACAAACCCAAUGUGUUUUGGGUGUUUUCUUUUUAAUCCUUUUGAAUCAAGUUGGAUAUUUGUGCUUGUAGAGUUAUUCUAAUUAAAGCUUAAUUAUUUAAGCCUGGAAAUACAUGGAAAUCUAACAAUACA